AUGAUUAUUUCACUAAUUCCAGGAGUGACCUCAAUUCCACCUGCAUUAAUUGUUCUCCCUGUCAUUUUCAUUAUAUGUGUGAAUAUGCUGAGAGAGGGAGGUGAAGAUUUUCUCAGAUUUUUAAAUGAUAGAAAGGUCAACCAAGCCAACACAUUGGUUUUGAGAGAAGAACAAUUUGUUAAAAUAGAAACUGGUAAAGUAAGAGUUGGUGACAUUGUUCAAGUUGAUCAAGGACAAAUAUUCCCAGCAGACUUGAUUCUCAUUGGUUCAAGUCAGGAAGAUUCAUGUUGUAAAAUAGAGACCUCUAAUUUGGAUGGUGAAACAUCUCUCAAAUCAAGAUUUCCUCCAACACUCUCAAAACUUUUUAAUAAUGUGGCAAGUUUGAAGGGGUUGGGUGGCAUUAUUAAGUGUCAAGAACCAAAUGAAUCUCUGAACAAAUUUAUUGGAUCAAUUACUGUGGAUGGUCAUGAACAAGUUCCACUUUUUCAUCAGAAUCUUCUCUUGAAAGGAUGUAAGCUCUCCACAGAGAUUGCCUAUGGAAUUGUAAUCUAUACUGGAAAGGACACAAAAUCAUUGAAAAAUAUGAAUAGGACUAGUGUUAAAUUCAGUCUUGUGAACAAAAUGUUGAACAUUAUGGUGGGAAUCAUGUUUGGUAUUCAAAUGAUUUGUUGCCUCUCAUUUACUGCUGUUAAAUCUUAUUAUGAAUUCAGGGAACGAACAGAAUUUUAUUUGGGAAAUAGAGAGAGGACAAUAUCGGAUGGAUCCUUUGUUGUGUUGGCAUUCUUAUCUCACAUUAUUAUGUUUGCCCAUUUGAUUCCAGUUUCUUUAUUGGUUUCGUUCGAGUUGGUAAAAAUGGUUCAAGCUUGGUUUAUUUCAAUGGAUAAUGAACUAGUUGCAUUUUCAAACCUGAUUGAGGAACCUGAAAAGAAACAAUUAGUUUCUUCAGUAGCCAUUUCCAGUGAUUUGAAUUGUGAUCUUGCAAAAAUUGACAUGAUCUUCUCUGACAAGACAGGAACGCUCACUGAAAAUUCAAUGAUUUUCAAAAAGUGUUGUGCAGGAUUAGAUUUAAUAUUUGAUGACAUGCUCGAAAGAGGAAGUAUUGGUGAGUGGGUCAGAAACAAUCUACAAAACAGCUAUCAAGAUCAAUUAUUCUUGGUAAUGAACACUCUGCUUUCGAUGAGUUUGUGUCACAAUGUUUCAUUGAGGAAGAUAAGGAAAGAUAAUGAGGAUGAGGUUUUUUAUGAGGGAGAGAGUAUUGAUGAGGUGGCUCUUGUAUUGGGGGCAAUGAACAACCAGUUUGAGUUGAAAUACUUCUCAGAAAAGAAAACUAUUCUCUCCAUUUUUGGAAAGGAAUAUUCUUUUGAAAGAAUUGCAGAAAUUCCAUUCUCACCAAAGAGGAAACGAAUGUCAACACUCUUUAAAUUAUCAUUAGAGUUUUUAAAUGAUUUCCCAAUAUAUUAUCAUAUUGCAACUGAGAAAUAUGGGAUAGCUCCAGACGAAAGUGGUCAACUUGUUAUUUGCUUUUCGAAAGGUGCCGAUUCAUUUUUAUAUCCAUUGCUUGCAACCAAAAACUUUGAGGAAAAUUAUGAAAAGAUUAAUGUGCAAUCUUCACAAUUUGCAAGCGAGGGUUUGAGAACUCUCUUAUUUUGUUUCAAAUUUGUGGAUUCCAAUGAGGCCAUCAAUUGGUUGACCAAUUACAAUUCAGUUCAGUCAUUCAUUUCAAAAUCUAGAAAAGAAGCUAUUGAAAAUUGCGAAAGCCAAUUAGAAAAAGAUCUGGAAAUCGUUGGUUGUACUGCUGUAGAAGACACACUUCAAGAUCAAGUUCCAGAGACAAUAUCCUUUUUAAUUGAGGCAGGAAUUCAUGUUUGGAUGUUGACAGGAGACAAAAGAGAGACUGCAUUUAAAAUAGCUGGUAUUGCAGGUUUAAUACAUGAACAUUCUCAAGUAUUCACUCUUGAUGGAGAUUUAGGUUCCAUAACAAGUAACGAAGAGGGUGAUGUGAAAGUUUGUGAGAUUUUAACAUUGAUUCAAAGUCUCUCUUCAGAAAACCAAAAGGAGAUUGUACUUGUUUUAGAUGGACAUGCAUUUACAUUUUGUUCAUCUAGCCGAAACUUUGAAUCCUUGGUGUCAAAGUGCAAAACAGUUGUUUUUUGCAGAUCAACACCAAAGCAAAAAUCACAACUUGUACAUUUUGCAAAAAUCAAACUUGGAAAGAGAAUUCUUUCUAUUGGAGAUGGUAUUAAUGAUGUACCAAUGAUUCAGCAAGCGAAUGUUGGAGUUGGAAUAAUUGGAAAGGAAGGUAAUCAAGCCAAAAUGUCAUCUGACUUUGCCAUUCCAAAAUUUAGAAUGCUUAAAAGGUUACUAGUUGUCCAUGGAAGAUAUUCAUACAAAAGAAUUGCCGAUUUCAUUCAUUAUUACAUUUAUAUCAAUUUAGGAAUUGUUUUCAUUCAAAUUAUUUAUGCAUUCUUUGUUCAAUUUUCAGGUCAAUCAUUGAAUGAGGAUUUUGUAACCAUUCUUUCAACUCUAUUCUUUAUGCAAUUGAAUCCUCUGUCUUUUGGAAUUUUUGAGAAGGAUAUCUCAGAAAAGUAUUUGGAAGAUGCAAAACAUGGACCAAUUCUCUACAAACUCCUGAGGAAGGAAAAUAUCUUUAACCUGUACACAUUUGUCAAGUGGAUUGGUGGUGGAAUGCUUCACAUGACCAUAAUUUUCUUCCUUUGCAUGUAUUCUACUGAUUCAUGUUUAUUCACCAAUGGGAAAGAUGAUGGAUUUUGGGUUAAGGUUGUAUUAGUCACCUCAUGCUCAUUCCUUGUGGUGCACUUGAAGAGUUUUUUAGAGUUUCAAUUUGUUAGGUUACACCAUUUCACUUUUUUGCAGUUCUUGUUUGUCUGGGCACUUUCUAUGGAUUCAAUUGGAUAUAUGCUAGUGAAACUUCACCUUUAUUUCAGAUUUGGUUUGAAUCUGCCAAAUCUCCACUAUUCUGGUUUAUUCACUUGUUGUGUGUCGUGUCGUGUCUUGGAAUUGAUUUUGCUCUCCAUUCCCUUAAACAAGUUUUCUUUCCAGACUAUUAUCAACUCGUUAAAAGAACUCCCACUUUAA